AUGGCCCUCUGUGUUUUUCUCGGAAUGAAGAAUACUCCCCUCGGAAUUCUCGCAAGCACCUCACAUACGCAUAUAAAUCGUCUUCAUCGCAUCGUUGGCUAUACUACUGUUUUCCUGGUAGCCAUUCAUGCUGCCUUCUAUACUGUUCAUUUUGCCCGCAACGGCAAACUGCAGUCCUUACUGAAGGUUGAGGACCUCGCAGGGAUCGGUGCCGGGAUCUGUAUGCUCAUUUUACUGAUGGGAUUCUUCAGGAAUCGGCAUUACGAGGUCUUCUACGCAAGCCACAUUGCUGGCUUUGUAUUUGCUCUUGUGCUGACAGCCCUUCACCGCCCAGAUUGGGCGAAGAAACUACCCGUUGUGAUGUCUUUUAUUGGUUUUCUGUGGGCGAUCGACCGUCUUAUUCGAGCAUCCAGAUUCACAUACAAUCUCAUCAAUAACCAGGUAGUCAUGUACCCAUUACCGGGCGGUGCGACACGUUUGUUACUAAGAAAGCCUUCAUCGCAAUUUGCGAGGCCCGGGUCUCAUUGCUUCUUAUGGAUUCCGCAAGUCAGCAUUUGCCAAAACCACCCAUUCACUAUCGUCAGCAAUGAUGAUGAGGGCCUGGAGUUGCUGAUGAAACGACGCGAAGGGUUCACCCAACGAGUGAAUGAUUUAGCCCUGCGGAAUCCCGGUCGUGUAGCUUGGGUCUCUAUAGAUGGUCCCUAUGGCUCGUUGCCUGACAUAAAUAUCUAUGACAAGCUCGUCCUGAUUGCCGGAGGCAGCGGGGGCGCCUUUACGUUUGGGUUGAUGAAUUACUAUUUCAACUGCCCCAAACGCACUCUUGUUCAGUCUAUUGACUUUAUAUGGGCCGUGAAGUCUACCGAAUGUGGCUCGAGUAUCAAAGUCACGAUAUACAUCACGAGCGAAGAAUCAACUCUCUGCGAUGAUUCUGGGCCAAAAUUCAUACCCAACGACACCCAAAGUGGACUACACACUAUAUCACAACACAUGGUAGCUCCGGACUACGGGACUCGAGAAUAUGAUAGACCGGAAGUCUUGGGAUCCGAGAGCACUAUCAAGGCCAUAACAAACAACGCAAGUAUUAUAUACGGUAAACUGUGUACGACGGUUCUGAUCCAUGACGCAAUGCGAGCAGUGAGGAGUCAAGAUCGUGUUCUUGUAGCAGCAUGCGGGCCAGCCUCACUAACUUCCGAUUUGAGGGAUUCAGUCGACGACUACGAGAGUCACUUUGGUUCCACCAUAGAUAUUUAUUGUGAAGAUUUCAGUAGUUAA